CUUAGUUGUCUCACUGUUUUUCUUAGAUUCACUUCAAUUUCCUUUGUCUUCUUCUUCCAUAGGUCUCAAAGGCUAGACAGGAAUCUUGGGAGCAUGCAGACAGCAUAGGUAGAUCUCUCUGUGCUGUCCAUUUGACCAAAACACAGUCAUCUGCUUCUCACUCUUCACACCCACACCACUAUAUAAAGGAGGCUCUAAACACAAGCAUAAUCAUGCAGAUUUUUCAAUGGCUCUUUAGAGCUACAAAUGGACAAGCAAGGGAAGACACUUCAGGUUCUACCAACAAGAAAGCAACAACUAAUGAACAAGAAGCUAAACCAAAUUACAUAAUUGUCUUUAAGUGUGGCGGUGUUGGUGUGUAUCGGAAAUUCAAAGGAAUUGAAGAGAGAAAAUUAGGUAGUAAGACGUUCAAGCCACUUGCCUUUCUACGUCGAAAGGAUGUGGCAAAGGCUUGCUUUUAUAGCACUCUUCAGUUAAAGAGACUUGGUAGCAUAAAUAGAAGGCAGGCUAGGCAGCGUUGGAUUCAAUCCAUGAAGAUGAAGAAGGAAGAUAUUGCAAGAGGUCUGGGAAUUAGUACCAAGGCAGAUUCGGCAAAUGUAGGCAACAAGGUGUUACCGGUGACAGAUUCAACAUUAACAACCUCGACGAACACAAAUGAACAAUGUGGCACAUCAGAAAAGAAAGAAAGGGUUAAGGGAGACAAAACCAAAACCAUGACAAGAAUGAAGGAGCUAUUGAGAUGGGCUGCUGCUGCAAAAUCAGAGAAGGGAGGAAAAUUUAUUGCUCGAAAGGUUAUGCAAUUUCGAAACCGUGGAACUCUGAAGGCAGUACCAGAUGAUGAUCAACUUAGCAACGAUUCGCCGAAGAUCAGCUUUAGAUGGGAUUUGGAAAGCUGCUCCACCACUUCCUCUGCCUACACAUCAAUUUCAACAGCAUCUUCAUUGAAAAAUGAUCAAAUCAUGAGCAUUAACCAAGCUUUGAAUUCAACAAAGUGUCAAGACCCUGACCGGGCUCCAAGGAAAGGGAACUGGAUCACCUCAGACUCAGAAUUUGUGGUGCUAGAGCUAUGAAGAUCAUCAAGUCUAAGAAUUGUUCUUCAAGGGUUGCAUAGAUCAACUGCUUGCUCUUGCUUAGUGAUUGUAGCAUAGUUAAGGAUUGAAGAUUUUAAAUUUUGUGAAAGAUUAAGGACUGAA